AUGGCCGUGCUGAGAGUUGGCCUGAGUCUGUUCCUCGAUGCUCCACGUGUACUCCAUGAGAUCGGGGUGGAGCGGAUCCUGCCUAUUACAUCUGACAGAGGAUCGAUGAGCGGCGAACUCGAAGAACGGUCGGCUGUGGAUACCCUCGUUAUUCGUGGUCUACUGUAUCGGCCGUUCGAUGGGGCGGGGGUGGGGUUGUCCUGCCGACCAAUCAGGGGGCGGGCUUAG